UUUCCAAAGUCUAACAUCAAUGCUAUCCUGGAGAAGUUGGCUGUCAGGCUGGGCUCAAACAAAGAAGAUGUACGAGCUUUCUUUGCCAAAACAGAUCCUGCUGGUUCUGGUUACAUGUCGUAUGAGAAGUUCAGAGAGAUGGCACUCAGCAUUGAACCAACACUCACUGAACAUGAGAUCAUCACAGUGGCUAGACAGUUCAGUGAUCGAAGGUCAGAUAUUGUUCUGGAUGUUGAUAAGUUGACAUCUAUAAUCCAAGAAGAACUAAGAAAGAAAAACUUUGAGGGAUUUGGAACACUUAUAUCGUCUUUGAGACAUCUGGAUAAAGACUGCACUGGAUUCUUGAGCAGAGACGAUAUCAGAAGGGAGUUUAUUGCCCAGCAUGUGCCCAUUUCUGAUGAUAUGUUGCGAGCUGCACUGUCAGUAGCCAAGACAUCAGAAAAUAACAAUGAAGCCAUCCUGUAUGAGGAUUUUGUCAACUCAUUCAACUGGCGUGACUUCCCAGCACCACCUGCUCAGUACCAGUCUGCCGUCGGUGAUGAAGAAUGGUGCCGAUCCAAACCCCAGAGUAAAAUAGAACAAGUUCAUUACCAGUCCUUGUUGCAGCGACUCUUUAGUAAUGCUAAAGAUAAUAUCUAA